GAGGGAGAAACAUGCCUCCAGGAAAAAUAGCCGCAGGUCUUCGAUCCUGAAGGAGUCUCCAGGCAGAAAGCCCCUGGUGGCCAUGGAGAGCAACCACCAUUCCAGACGCUCUCUUAAGAGGGUUUCCUUUGCUGAUACCAACACAAUAAAGGAAUUUUUGGCCACAAUGGGAGCCAGCACAGAAUGGAACAGCACCUAUGAGGCCCCUGCACCUCAAGACUCCUCUGCCUCCAUGGACAUCACUACGCUUGGUCCUAAAUCUGAUGGGUUGGAGAUGACUGGGGUUUCACAAGAUGAGCAGGAUGAUUCUGGCACUGUGGAUCCAAAGAAUCUUCAGUUGGAUACUUCAACCUUUCUCAACCAGUUCUUGAAUAUGAAGCCAGGCUCAUCCUCAGCACCUGAAAUGCCAUCAAAGAAGGAAGAACCUCACUCUCAGUCAGAGGACAACCUGCACAUGGAGACUUCUACAUUCCUGAAUCAAUUCUUGAACAUGAAUCCUGGCACAGAUGCAACACAGGAGUCUAGGUCAGGUCUCCAGGAUGAGGAACCUAGGCAGGACAUGUUACUCUCCCAGUCACAAGAUAACCUUUGUACGGAUACUUCAGUCUUCCUCAGCCAGUUCUUGAACCUUCAACCUGGUUCGACAGCAGAACAGACUGGUCACUGCCAGCCUAAUCAUACUGCUCCGAAUCCAUCUGUUGCAGGUCAAACUAUGGACGAGAGAGCUAGGUUGCCUCAGGCUGAUGUAACACAGAAGAUCACUGCAGACAUGGAAAUGACAUCUCCAGCCAGCCAAAUGCCAAAAUCCACGGUCAGUGACAUGACACAGAUCACUGCAGACAUGGAAAUGACAUGUCCAGCCAGCCAAAUGCCAAGAUUCACUGGCAGUGAUGUGACACAGAAGAUCACUGCAGACAUGGAAAUGACAUGCCCAGCCAGCCAAAUGCCAAGAUUCACUGGCAGUGACAUGACACAGAAGAUCACUGCGACAUGGGAAGAAUCAUGCAACAGGAAUGACAUGCCCCUGGUCAGAUCUAGUUAACAGGAGACAGCACAGAAGAUCACUGCAGACAUGGAAAUGACAUGUCCAGCCAGCCAAAUGCCAAUUACAGGCAGUGACAUGACACAGAAGAUCACUGCAGACAUGGAAAUGACAUGCCCAGCCAGCCAAAUGCCAAGAAUCACUGGCAGAAUGACACAGAAGAUCACUGCAGACAUGGAAAUGACAUGCCCAGCCAGCCAAAUGCCAAAAUUCACUGGCAGUGACAUGACACAGAAGAUCACUGCAGACAUGGAAAUGACAUGUCCAGCAGGACAGAUCCCUAAGUUAACAGGGAGUGACAUGACACAGAAGAUCACUGCAGACAUGGAAGUGACAUCAGCCAGCCAAAUGCCAAAAUUCACAGGCAGUGACAUGACACAGAAGAUCACUGCAGACAUGGAAAUGACAUGUCCAGCCAGCCAAAUGCCAAUCACUGGCAGUGACAUGACACAGAAGAUCACUGCAGACAUGGAAAUGACAUGCCCAGCCAGCCAAAUGCCAAUCACUGGCAGUGAUUUACAAGAAAUCACUGCAGACAUGGAAAUGACAUGCCCAGCCAGCCAAAUGCCAAAAUCCACAGGCAGUGAUGUGACACAGAAGAUUACUGCAGACAUGGAAAUGACAUGCCCAGCCAGCCAAAUGCCAAAAUCCACAGGCAGUGACAUGACACAGAAGAUCACUGCAGACAUGGAAAUGACAUGUCCAGCCAGCCAAAUGCCAAAAUCCACAGGCAGUGACAUGACACAGAUCACUGCAGAUAUGGAAAUGACAUGUCCAGCUAGUCAGAUCCCCAUGUCAACAAACAGUGAUAUGACACAAAAAACAGACAUGGAAAUUACUUGUCCUGCAAAGUUAACAAGCAGCAGUGACAUGACUCAGAAGCUCUUAACAGACAUGGAAAUGACUUGUCCUGCUGGCCAGAUUCCCAGACUGAGCAGUAAUGAAACAGUUCAGGCAGCAAGCCUUGGCUCUGAACUAACAGGGCCAGCAGUGAGCAAGAAGCGGCGAAAGAGCAUCCUUCGGACCACAACAGCCUCACAAGAAGCAGAAGCUAGCAUGGCAAAGGAAGAGAGGACUGUGAUGUUUAACUUGGACCCACAAUUCCACUGCAGCCUUAUCAGUAAUGCUGAAGAAAAUAAUGACAAACAGAUGAGUGAAGAUAAACAGGUGAUGGGAGACAGCCAGGAGGAUGCUCAGCAGGGCUCUUUUGUUAGGGGGUCUGAGAGAGUAAAGAAUCAACCAGUUUUGCAAUCUUUCCUUGAGGUUCCAGUGAGGGAAGGGGACUCCCAUGACAAGCAGGUAGAGGAACAGCAAACAAAUACUAAAACAACAAUGAACAAAGUUGAAUCUAAUGAAGGAAAUGAGGGUACUGGGAAUUUUGUUAAAGGAAGUGGCAAAAGGCUGCAAGGAGUGUCUCCAGAUGAGUCCUCUCUCAAAGUGUUCCUUAGUGAAGAAGGACCCAAAUGUUCUUUGUCUGUAAUUUCUGUUGUAGGCCAAGUGGAUGAGGUUAACAAGACCCAGAAUAUCACCUCAGACAUGAAUGUAACCUGCUCAGAAGGAGCUUCCAAAAUAUGUCAUGUUGAGGUGACCACCUGUCCUGCAGGUCAGGCAUCUGAGCUGACUAGUGAUAUGACAAAAGAGGAACUGGUCGAUAAAGGAUUCAUCAAAGAAUGUAAUAAAGAAAUGCAGUCUUUCUCUAUUGGUGAAUCUGCCACAGUAGAUGAGUCACUGGAUGGCAUCAACCUUGACUUGGAGAACUCUGGUGACAAUGCAGAGACAUGGCUGCAUUCAGGACCUGGACUAAAAGAAAAGCCUCUGGAGAGUUCCCACAGUGUGUCAGAGCUGAAGCAACAGUCUCAGAGUCGCAGAAAGUCACUAGCUGCUGAUGCAGUGGAGUCUGUCUUGCCAUUGAUGAGCUCAUUUAUGGAACGUAUAUCAAUGAUGAAUCAUGAACAAUCUCAGUUAGAGGAAACGAUUCUAAAGGAGAUGACACUAGUUGAAGAACAAGGGAAGGAGGUGACAUUACAUUCAGUGGAAGCUGAACUGGAUGAUGUGAGGAUGACUUCGGUUUGUGAUGAAAUUCAUGAUCCAGUUGAAAUGCAAAAGUCACACAUUAAUGAUAACAUAUGUGGGCAUCAAACUAUUCUUGAUGAUAGUGAAGGAACAGGAACCAUGAAACUUCACCUCACCAGCCUGGAGCCUACAGCUACAGCAAUGGCUGUAAGGGAUAUACCACAGACACUUGGUGUAGCUGAUACCAAUGUUAAAGAAAUUAAAAGCAUCCUGAUUGAAGAGGACUGUCUGCAGACAUCUAGGAGUACUGAAAGUCAUGGGAAUUCAGUGACAGAAAGAAUGACUGAGGACAGUAUGCAAGUAGAUAGUGAUUCUGGAAAUGCUGAAGAAAAGAAGAGAGAGCAUGAUGUGUAUUUGGCUGAGGAAAAAGGAUCAGUAAUAGUCACAGAUGAAAUUACAGAAGAGUCCUCAUGCCCUAGUAGUUGUGAUGUCAGACAUACCACAGUCAAGAGAUCUACUCCAUCUGAGACCUUGGCCCAGAGCAUCUUGACAGUGUCCUUGGAAAACAGUGCACUACAGAUCAACAGUAGUACAAUUCAGCAGGGUAAUAUGUCAGUUUCACAAAACUUGACUCACGACAACACCAGCUUGCAGUGUGAGCGUUGUUGUUCUACAGAGGGUUGCAUUGUCUUCCAGUCCAAAAAUGCUGUAUGGACCGUGAGCAAAGUGUACAAUGGGGGCAGAUGUUUGUCACUACAGCACACACCGCUGGAAUUAGACCUGCAACUGUCUCGAUGUGACAACCACUGGACGAUUGCUACAGCUUUGUGGAAACCUCAGGCCUCUGAUAUACAGAACAAAUGUGGGCGUCUAGUGAUGAGUGUGCUAGGGUGCCGUGUGGCAGCAGCUGUCACCAGAUUAAGUGGACUGGUUUUCUGUGAAGCCAAGGAAGCCCUGGCACAUGUAGUUAAGUCUUUCAACAAUGUGGUUGAUCUCAUUCUGGAAAUGAAACUCUUGGCUGCAUUGUACCUCACCUCUUUUGAGCCAGACAGUGUGAAGGUGACGCUGUUCAACCUUAAUGCUCAUGUGAGUGUUGAAGUGACGGUCCGAGUACAUCCCCCAGAUGAGUCACCCGAGCAUCCUUACACACUGCAGCCAGCUGCCAGAGUCACCAUUGGGAACCUUAGAUGCCAGACACUAGAUGAAGCUAUGGGUGAGGUCAGCUCUGGUCCACGGCAGCUUCUGAGACUCAUCCAGGCAGCCAAUUCUAUCGUCCGAAAUAUGUCUUGCUGACUCCCUUGAAUGCAAAGAGCUGUUUAGAGAGAGCAACAGCCUUGCACCCUGCAGAUCAUGUUCUGUUUUAAUUUUCUAAACUAUCACCCCAUAGAAUUUUAUUUAGAAGCUUGAAGUGAAGUAGCUACAUGAACCUCCAGGAAUAAGAAACAUAAUUAAUAACAGCUUUAGGUAUUUUCAUGCAUCCAUUUUUUACAUAAAAACAGAAAUAUGCUUUGGUUUAACCAUAUUAUUGUUUGACUAAAUGCUAAUAAAACAAUGCUUCUUAUAUAUAAAUAUGAUGUAAGUAUCUAAAGAUUUUCAUAAUUAUGAUGAAGACAAGUUGUAGAUUUUAUUUAUUUUGAGAACAAGAAUUUGAUGUAAAUCAUCC